AUGUUUGACAUAGGAAACUUGUCGUAUUUUCUAAGGAUGGAAUUUAAAGACGCAAGCUAUGGAGUGUUCCUGCACCAACACAAGUAUGCUCAAGAUAUCUUGAAAAUAUUCAAGAAGAGCAAUUGUAAUGCAACAGUUAGACCACUGGAGACAGGAGCAAAGUUGAAUAGAGAAACAAAUGAUGAGUUUGUAAAUGCAACAUUAUACAAACAAAUCAUUGGGUCUCUAAGGUACUUAUGUAGUACUAGAACUGGCAUUUUUCAAAGUGUUGAGUUUUUUAGCAAGUUUAUGGAUAAACCACAAGAAUGUGAUCUCACUGCAGUCAAAAGGGUGUUGAGAUACAUAAAGGAGACAAUGGAUCAUGGAGUUCUAAUGCCAAGGUAUAAGAUCAACAACAAAGCUGCAAAAGUGUAUUGUUAUACAAAUUCCAACUUCGGUGAAGACUAA